GUAAUCAUGGAGGAAGUGAAGGCUACGCACUUGAAGAUCAAGACCAAUUCCAUCUUGGAUGACUAUGAUGUGAUUUGGAAUCAGAAGCUUGGAACUGGAAUUAGUGGUCCUGUCAGACCAUGUAUCCACAAGAAAACAAAAGAGCGCUGUGCACUAAAGUGCCUGGCAGACCGCCCCAAGGCCCGUACUGAGUGCACCCUGCAGUAUCAGUGUAGCGGACAUCCUAACAUAGUGGGUGUGUACAGUGUCUAUGCCAAUGAGGUGCAGUUUCCAGGAGAACCACUGCCAAGACCCCGUCUGUUCAUUGUUAUGGAGUUAAUGAAGGGUGGGGAAUUAUUUGACAGAAUCACAAAGAAGAAGCAUUUCACUGAGAGAGAAGCUGCCAAAUAUACAAGACAGAUAACUGCUGCUGUUGCCCGCUGCCACUCUCUGAACAUAGCCCACAGAGAUCUGAAGCCAGAAAAUCUAUUAUUCAAAGAUAACUCAGAGGAUGCUCUCAUCAAGCUAUCAGACUUUGGGUUUGCAAAGAUAGAUGAUGGAACUUUAAAAACACCACAGUUUACCCCUUACUAUGUAGCUCCUCAGAUUCUGGAGGCUCAGGCACGUAAGAAUCUCCAGGGACAUGUACCAGGGAUGCCUGCCUAUACAUAUGAUAAGAGUUGUGACAUGUGGAGUAUAGGAGUUAUUGUGUACAUUAUGCUUUGUGGCUAUCCACCCUUUUACUCAGAGACGCCCUCCAGACAAAUGACAAAUAACAUGAAGAAAAAGAUAAUGGCUGGAGAAUACACAUUUCCUACUGAAGAUUGGAAAAACAUAUCAGUAGAAGCCAAAGAUGUGGUUAGAAGGUUACUGGAUGUAGAUCCAACCAAGAGAAUGAACAUAGUGGAACUACAGCAUCAUGUAUGGCUUCAGUAUGAGGCACCAGAGACCAUGCUGAUGUCUCCAGCAAUACUCAUGGACAAGGUUUCUCUUGAAGAAGCCCGACUAAUGCAUGCUCAACAGUUGACAAACAUGAGGCAGCCAGAUCUCCAAAUUACCCUCAAGCCAAUGAAAACUGCCAACAACCCUAUAUUGAAGAAGAGGUUGCACAAUCUGGCAAGCAAAAAUUCUCUAGAACCACCAGAAAAAUCAUCUUAUGAAGACAUAGAAAAUAUUGGCCUUCAAAAGUUACAGGAUGUAAUCCUAUACUGCCUGACUCAGAAUGGAAAUGGGAAUAAGGAAGGUGGGUAUAACACUGAUCUGCAAUUGUGUAGCUUGCUGACAGCUGCUAUAGAAUGUAACCAAGGAGUAUCUGAGCUACAGGAAAUGUUGCACAGGUUCAAAUGGAAUGGUUCAGGGUUUGAUAGUCAGGUCAACAAACAUGACCUUGCUGCAGCCAUUGAUGACCUUGUUCUCCACAGGCGACAGCAGAUACAAACUUGAGUCUGGGCACUGUGCAGAAUCUUAAAACUGUCCCUCCUCAUAGUCACUUACUACAAAUGUGAUCUGUAUGGUUAUAUAUGAAGUUUGCUCCUUUUAAAUUUGUCAACAGGGAUUCAGUGGUGACAUUUUACUAUUGGAAUAUUAUCCAAAUUUAUUGUUGUCAUUUUUUAUGAUAUUUUAAAAAUGGCUUUUAUGUUUUAUAGUUGAAUGAGCCAAAUGUCAGUACAAUAAGGAAAACCUUUAUUAAUAUUAUUGUUAUUGUUAUUAUUAGCUACUGAUAAAGUGCUGUAUAAAAUGUUAUUAUGUUGUAUUUGAUAUAUCCAAACAGAUUAAUGAUUAUUGAUAAAAAGAGAAGUUUUAUUUGAAGCACCACAUAUAAGUCCCAUGAUUGUACAAAGAGCAAAUUAUAUAAGGACAUAUAUAUAUAUUAACAUAGAAGCUACAGGAAACAUGUCUAUACAUGUGUACAUUUAAAUUCAAUUUUUUUAUAUAUGUUCAAGAUAUUCUUAUCUUUCAGCUGUAAUCUGUGUGAAAAAUAUAAAUAUUUUUCUGUUUGGUAUCUUU